GACGGGCGGCCACUGGGGGCCCAGACCCGCGGCGCGGAGCCGGCGGAACUGACGGCUGGGGGCGGGGCCGGAGCUCCGGCGCCGGAUCACCCGGGAGGCGGAGCGGGCUGCUGCGGGGACCCGGCGCGUCGCGUCGCGGAAGCGGCGGGUGUAGCGCAGGCACCAUGACCCCCACGGGGACCCAGCAUUCUUUGGCCGGUCAGACCUAUGCAGUACCCCUCAUUCAGCCAGACCUGCGGCGAGAGGAGGCCAUCCAGCAGGUGGCAGAUGCCCUGCAGUACCUACAGAAGGUCUCCGGAGACAUCUUCAGCAGGAUCUCCCAGCGAGUAGAGCUCAGCCGGAGUCAGCUGCAGGCCAUUGGGGAGAGGGUGUCCUUGGCCCAGGCCAAGAUCGAGAAGAUCAAGGGCAGCAAGAAAGCCAUCAAGGUGUUCUCCAGCGCCAAGUACCCUGCCUCCGAGCACCUGCGGGAGUACGGCUCAAUCUUCACAGGGGCCCAGGACCCCGGCCUGCAGAGGCGUCCCCGCCACAGGAUCCAGAGCAAGCACCGCCCCCUGGAUGAACGGGCCCUGCAGGAGAAGCUGAAAUUCUUCCCUGUGUGUGUGAACACCAAGCCAGAGCCUGAAGACGAGGCUGAGGAGGGGCUGGGCGGGCUCCCCAGCAACAUCAGCUCUGUCAGCUCCCUGCUGCUCUUCAACACCACCGAGAACCUGUACAAGAAGUAUGUCUUUCUGGACCCCCUGGCCGGUGCCGUCACAAAGACCCAUGUGAUGCUGGGGGCUGAGACAGAGGAGAAGCUGUUCGAUGCCCCUUUGUCCAUCAGCAGGAGAGAGCAGCUGGAGCGGCAGGUCCCAGAGAACUACUUCUACGUGCCCGACCUGGGCCAGGUGCCGGACAUUGACGUGCCGUCCUACCUGCCUGACCUGCCAGGUGUGGCUGACGACCUCAUGUACAGUGCGGAUCUGGGCCCUGGCAUCGCCCCCUCUGCCCCCGGUGCCAUUCCUGAGCUGCCUACCUUCCACACGGAGGUGGCCCAGCCCUUCAAGCCAGACCUCGAGGAUGGGGUGCUGACGGCACGCCCACCACCCCCGCCACCUCCACCACCUCCCCCAGCUCCAGCCAUACAGAUCAGUGUCCCCCCGCCUCCGCCCCCGCCGCAGGCUGUGGCCCCGCCAGGACAGCCCGCCAGCGGGGAAGACAGCGGGGGUGCCUCCCCUUCAGCGCCAGUCCAAGGAGCGCCCAAGGAAGUGGUUGACCCCUCCAGUGGCCGGGCCACUCUGCUGGAGUCUAUCCGCCAGGCCGGAGGCAUCGGCAAGGCCAAGCUCCGCAGUGUGAAGGAGCGCAAGCUGGAGAAAAAGAAGCAGAAGGAGCAGGAGCAAGUGAGAGCCACCACCCAGGGCGGGGACCUGAUGUCGGACCUUUUCAACAAGCUGGCCAUGAGGCGCAAAGGUAUCUCUGGGAAAGGACCUGGGUCCGGGGCCAGCGAGGGGCCGGGGGGGGCCUUCGCCCGGAUGUCAGAUUCCAUCCCGCCCCUGCCUCCCCCACAUCAGCCCCCGGGCGAGGAAGAUGAGGAUGACUGGGAGUCCUAGGGCUGGGCUUAUCCUCCCCCAAGUCCCCGGUUGUACCAUGCCCCCGUGCAGAACAGCCGAAUAGGCUCCUUGGGGGAACGGGGUCACGGAGGACUCUCCAGCUCUCUUGCUGGGAUCUUCAAGGAGCAAAGAGGCUGCUUUCAGAGGCCAAACUGGGGACGGGGCGGAGGCAUGGUGGCGGGGGGGUGCCUCUGCCUGUGCUCCAGCCCCCUUCACCAGCGUGUGCUCCUCUUUCCUGGGGAGACUGCGGUAAAACAGUACAUGAAUCAAUAAAGAAGUGAUGCAAGA